UGCAUAAUAAAUGGUCAUCUUGAUGUUACUUCUAAGAAUCUAUAUGUUACGGCAAAGCCAUAAAUAACUGCGCAAAACAUUUGUUCAACAAGAGAAACUAGAGUCGUAUAUUUUGACAGAUUUAUUGGGAAUCCUCGAAUUAGAUUUGGAUUGAUGCAUUCAAACGCAAGAAACCUAUCCUUAUCCUUAUCCAUAAGAUCAUUUACACAUACAAGACUGGAUGUGCCUAUGACAAGAUUUUCUCUAAUCCAUUACAUCGAAAUAAUAAUUUGGCCAUAACAGCUUGAGAGUAGAAACAAUUUACAAAAAAUGUUUCCUCGUCUGCCCGGACCGAUUGGAGCAGACAUAUUAAUGGGUGCCACUACCACCGUCCGUACAGCAUUUCCGAAUUCACGACUCGAUUCGCUUAACAGUCAUAAUAAUAAUAAUAAUAAUAAUAAUAAUAAUAAUAAUAAUAAUAACAAUCAACAUCCACAUAACAUACAAGCUGCAACACCAACACCAAACACUGUACAGCAAGGUAAUCAACUAUUAUCGCCGUAUGAUCCUUCGAUAACCGCUGACUUUGAUGCGACAGCACCCAUUAGUGACGUUGGCACAAAUGCAACAUCAAUUAGAAACUUAUUGCCCGCUGCCGAAGAAGAUUGGUGGUCGAAUGCCAUCGAAGAGGAUACGUUCGAGUCACCGUUGGCCUUCGAUGCCAGCGAGAAUGGUCUAUGGAAUGGACGUUUUGUGCCACCACCACCGCGGCCGCCAUUUCUCGAUGAGAGCGUAGCCGCUGACGGACUAACCACUUGUGAUCUAUGCACUUGGGCCUGGCAACGUAAUGCCUAUUCGUUAGAUGGCUCGAUAGAAACAACUGGCGAACUCGGCUGGGCAUUUACUUUGAUCGUAGUUUCAAUAAUAUCGGCGUUGCUAGGUGCUAUUAUAAUGGUUAUAGUUCUAAGGUGUAGAAGAAUAAAAUCCGCCAAUGCUAACGGACGACUACAACCAUGGUGGUGUCGUAAUAAUCGUAAUAAUGGCGGCACCAAUGGACGUGCCUCGCUCUCAGCCAAACAUUCGGCCGAUAGUAUACGAAGGCCUACUAGCAAUUCGGGCGUUUGGACCUGGUUAGGUGGCAGUCGUCGUUCAUCGGAAGGUCCUGAUCAGAUAGGACCACCAUCGUCAUCACCCGCUGAAAACCAUUAUACACAUAUGGAUGAUGCCUACAGUCCGGUAGGUGUUAGCGAAGCUUUAUAUGCUGAAUUGGAUAGAGAAUCAGUAAGAUCAGCUAAUCCCUCAUAUCAGAAUACCGGUUAUAGCCAGUGCGGAGAUAAAUAUAAUUAUCAACCGAAUGAACAAGACAUUCCUAUGGUAGUCUCGUCGGCUCCUAGUAGCGCUUACUAUUCUGAUCUAUCGGUAACGGCAAUGCCUAGUGGCGGCGCCAACAAUGAGAGAGCCUAUGAAAUUGUCGGUCUAACUGUAAUGUCACAACCGUUGCCUAAUUGGGACACUGGCGGCAGCGGCGGCGGCGGCAGUAGCGGUAGCGGUGGCGGUGCCGGUAGUGGUAGUGGUACUAGUAUGACAGCAAGUGUUAUCGCAACGGCUGGUGGCACUUCAACUGCAAUUGGCAGCAAUAACGAGGGUAUAAUGUCUCAACGCCGUACGCCACGCUUGGCUGCCAUCAAUGAGACCAGCACCACCACUGUCCCCUCGGAUUAUGUAUGAAAUUCAGCCAAACCUGAAAAUCCAACGUUACAGCGACUUCGAAGAAAACAAGAGCUUAUUUGAAUUUUAGUAAUGUGUUAUCACGAAAGCUCAAAGCUUUUUAAAAAUCUCUCAAAACUUAAGUAAAAUUUGAAUUUUAACUUUUUUUUUUAUGACGUUAUCGAAAAAUAAGAAAAAAAAACAAAAAUGUUUAAAAAAAAACGAUUUUUAAAAUCGUUGGUGAUAUUUAGAAUAACGUAGAAUGUCGUACAUAUAUAUGUAUAUGUAUAUAUGUUUCUGUAUGUAUGGAUUUGUAUAUUUGUUAAAGAGAAAUCAACAAAUAUAUCUCCGGAUCCCAAUUUAUAUAGACAUGUACGUAUGCAUGCAUACACAUUUACAUAUAUACUUGCAGGCAUACAUUGUUUUAUAUAUAUGUACAUGCAUAGAAUACAUAGAAUCCAUCAUAACUUAUUUUAAAGAAAAUCUAAAAACAGAUUAAAACAAUAAUAAUAAUAAUAAUAAUA